UGCGGCCACAGAAAUGCACUCUGGGUCAACAUGGCAGCCUGCAGGGUGCCGCUGGAUUACUGCAGAGCUUAGCGAUUAUUUUAUCCCAAUUACCUUGUUAUCGCCUAAAUAAGCAUAAAAAAUGUUUCAGUUGCUCUGGUGUAGAGCAAGCAACACUGCUUCAUUGCGGUCAUUGUCAUUACAUUCGCGAAGCACUAAAACAGCAGACAUUUGGAGGCUUUCACGGUGGUAUACAUCUCCAGGGUCUAAUGCCUACAGCUCCUUACAGCGGCCUGGCAAUGCUGUCAGCCGCAUUUGGAGCCAGACUCAGAGAGCUGUCCGCCAGUCCACCACACGGACAUCUAAACACCCAGGAGUGGCUCUCAAGUUCAUCCUGGGACCAGCAGCACUCACUGUCUCAGCACGGCUGUUUUGCCAUGUAGCUCACUGCGAGGCAGAUGUGAAUAACAACACCCCAGUGGAAGUUGUAGCCAAACAGACUGUGCCUGAGUUCAAAUGGCAUAUCUUGUGGGAAUUUCUCAAACCUCAGCUGUUUGCUCUCAUUGGUGCUGUUGUGCUUGCUUUUGGUGCAGCGAUUUUGAAUAUUCAAAUCCCCUUGAUGCUUGGGGAUCUGGUCAAUGUUGUGGCACGCUACUUGAGAGAACACACUGGGAAUUAUGUCCAUGAGAUAAGAGGUCCUGCUCUGAAGUUACUUGGACUGUAUGGUAUCCAAGGACUGCUGACGAGUGGCUACAUCAUCCUGCUUUCCAGGGUUGGAGAGCGAGUGGCGGCAGACAUGAGGAAGACCCUUUUUGCAUCCUUGCUGAGGCAAGAUGUGGCUUUCUUUGAUGCCAAUAAAACUGGGCAGCUGGUGAAUCGUUUGACUGCUGACAUUCAGGAGUUUAAGUCGUCCUUCAAACUGGUUAUUUCUCAGGGUCUGCGGAGUAUUACACAGACAGUCGGGUGUUUUGUCUCGCUCUAUGUCAUCUCCCCAAAACUCACAGGUUUGACAGUAGUUGUCCUCCCAUGUCUAGUGGGAGCUGGAGCUCUCAUUGGUUCAUUCCUUCGCAAACUAUCCCGUUUGGCUCAAGAACAGGUGGCAAAAGCAACAGGAGUGGCAGAUGAGGCUCUUGGUAAUGUUCGUACAGUGAAAGCUUUUGCAAUGGAGGAACGGGAGCUCCAAUUAUAUGCAUAUGAGGUUGACAAAUCAUGUGACAUGAAUGAAAAUCUUGGUGCUGGAAUCGCUGUUUUCCAAGGACUGUCAAAUAUGGCUCUGAACUGCAUCGUUCUAGGAACUAUAUUUGCUGGAGGAACUUUAAUCUCGAGCAAUGAAAUGUCUCCUGGAGACCUCAUGUCUUUCUUAGUUGCUUCCCAGACUGUUCAGAGGUCUUUGGCCAGUAUCUCCAUCUUAUUUGGACAGAUGGUGAGAGGACUUAGCUCUGGGGCCAGGGUUUUUGAAUACCUCGCUUUGCAGCCUACAAUCCCCCUCUGUGGAGGAGGGCGCAUCCCAUACCAUUCUCUGACAGGAAGAGUGGACUUUAUGAACAUUUCAUUCAGUUAUCCCACAAGACCAGGCCAUCAGGUCUUACAGAAGUUCAGCUUAACGCUGCCACCUUCUAAGACUGUUGCCAUUGUUGGAGAAUCUGGUGGAGGAAAGUCAACAGUGGCGUCCUUGCUAGAGCGUUUCUAUGACCCGACCAGUGGUGUGAUCAUGUUGGAUGGACUCGACAUUCGGACCCUCGACCUGUCCUGGCUCAGAGGGCAGGUCAUUGGAUUCAUCAAUCAGGAGCCAGUUUUGUUUGGAUCGUCCAUCAUGGAGAACAUCCGCUUUGGGAAGCCUGAAGCUACAGACGCUGAGGUCAUAAAUGCAGCAAAGCAAGCCAAUGCUCACCGCUUCAUCACAGGAUUCCCAGACGGCUACAACACGGUGGUUGGCGAGCGAGGUGUGACGUUAUCAGGUGGCCAGAAACAGCGCAUUGCCAUCGCCCGCGCCUUGAUCAAGAACCCCAGCAUCCUGGUGCUGGAUGAAGCCACCAGCGCUCUGGAUGCAGAAUCAGAACGAGUGGUGCAGGAGGCUCUGGACAGGGCCACAAGGGGUCGCACUGUGCUCAUCAUCGCCCACCGACUCAGCACCAUUCAGGGGGCUGACCUAAUCUGUGUCAUAAGCAAUGGUCGCAUUGUGGAGGCUGGAACACACUUGGAACUGCUGGGCAAAGGAGGACUUUAUUCAGAUCUGAUCCGCAGACAAAGAGCUGAGGGCCAGAAAUGAACAGGACCAAAAUUGUUUACAGUAGAUAUAUAUAUAUAUAUAUAUAUAUAUAUAUAUAUAUAUAUAUAUAU